UCACAAAUGAAUAAAUACACAUUUUAUACGUUGAUAUUAUUUUCCAUUAAUAUAAUGUUAUGUCAAUCGUUACCAAAAAUGUUGUCAAAUGAAUUUUGUCAUAAACAAGAUGACUGUCCCAUUAAUUAUUGCUGUGUUUUGGGGUUUGAGAGGUAUAGUAUACCUCAUUGUCAACCAAUGGGUAAAUUUGAUGAUUGGUGCCGACUAUACAAUGAACCGCAACAACGAUCUCUGGCCUAUCCUAAUGGACAACAUAUAGACACUGAAGUAUACAUUCAAUUCUGUGGUUGCAGUGAUGGUCUGGUCUGUCAAAGGGCUAAAUGUACUUUCAAUUCAAGCUUACAAUUUGAUAACAAUUUCAUCGAC